AUGGAGGUGCAGAGAGACGCUGGGGAGAAUAAGACUCGGAGGACCUGGUGGGGCAUGGCCGGGACAAUGAAGUUCCUGGCUUGGCUGACGGUAGCCAUUUGCCUCCUCCCUGGGGUGACUACAACCUACCACCAUGCAGGGCAACCCAUGGACAGCACCCGCGUGGGAGGUGGCCUGAAGGAGCCAGAGGCCCCGGAAGUGAUGUUCGAGCUGCUCUGGGCGGGGCUGGAGCUGGAUGUCAUGGGGCAGCUGCACCUCCAGGACGAGGAACUGGCGUCCACACGUCCAGGCCGCCGGCUCAGGCUCCUCCUGCAGCACCAGGUGCCCAGGGACUUGGAGGGCGCUGAGCAGCGGCUGCAGCAGCUCCAGGACCUGCGGAAGGGACCUCCUCUUAGCCCUUGGGACUUUGAACAUCUGCUCCUCACAGGCGUGUCCUGUGUCUACCGGCUCCGUGUGGCUAGCGAAGCCGAGGAGAGAGGCCGCUGGGCCCAGGUCUUCACUCUCCUGGCGCAGGAAACACUCUGGGACCUGUGCAAGGGCUUCUGCCCCCAGGGCCAGCCCCCUUCUCUGGGCCCCUGGGCCUCCAUUGCUGACUCCUUCCCCUAA